AUGAUGGAUUUUGACGAAAGGGUCCCCGUCGGAUCGAACAUGUAUUUGCCCAGCUGCACUUAUUACGUGUCGGCGGGGGCUGAUUUCUCCGGUCUUCCCUCGUUUUUAUCCCAGACCCCGUCCACCCGCCCCAUGACAUACUCUUACUCCUCUAACCUGCCGCAGGUCCAACCCGUCAGAGAGGUAACAUUCAGGGACUAUGCAGCCAUUGAAGCGUCUGGUAAAUGGCCGCACCGGGGAAACUUGCCCCACGGCUACCCCACCACGGAGGACAUGGUGCACCGGGACUGUCUUUCGGCUCAAACUGCCGUCGUAGGGGACAUGUUCGGUAAAAACAGUCCCGCAGCCGCAGCCGCCGCGUACCACCACCACCACCACCAUCACACGAGCGCCGGCUCUGCUUCCAGCAAUUUCUACGGUAACGUGGGUAGAAACGGCGUGCUGCCACAAGUCUUCGACCAGUUUUACGAAACGGCGUACGGGAACGCGUCGGAGAGCUCCUCCACGCACGGCUACUCGGGGGACAAAACGACGAGCAAGCAGCCCAGCUCCGCGCCAGAGGACGAACCGUCGUGCGGGGACCCCGAGGAGAAGGAGCAGCGGGAUGAGGCGAGCAGCCCGCAGUUAUCUUCCGGCAACAGUGAGGAGAAAUCCAGCAGCAGCAGUGGACAGAGGACCCGUAAAAAACGGUGCCCUUAUUCCAAAUAUCAGAUCAGAGAACUUGAAAGAGAAUUCUUUUUCAGUGUGUACAUUAACAAGGAGAAACGGCUGCAACUCUCUCGGAUGCUCAACCUCACCGACCGACAAGUGAAGAUUUGGUUUCAGAACCGUCGCAUGAAGGAGAAGAAGCUGAAUAGAGAUCGAUUACAUUAUUACACGUCCAACCCUCUGCUUUAG